AUGGACGGAAGACAGUGGAAUUCAAUCACUUUUAAAGUUUUAAACACUUUUAGUGAUUCAGAAGAUUCUGAUACUAGUGCUCAGAAUUCUGUGAUUGUUUUUGUUAGAGAUGAUAUGAAUAACAUUGAUGAUUCACUAGCUGUAAUUGAAGAUCUGGAGACUGAUAUUGUAAAUAAUGAAGACUGUAUUACUCAAAUUAAUCUUUUUGAUAUGGCAUUUGAAGUUGAGACUGAUCCUAAUGUAGGAAUGUUGAGUGAUAAAAUGGUUAAUAUUGAUGAUUCACUUACUAUAAUUGAAGAAAUAGAAACUGAUGAUGGUAGUUCAACAGAAAAUGUAGUAAAGGUGAAAAGAAAACUGAAGUAUGAAGAAGGUGACGAACUAGAAUGGCUAAAAAAUAAAAAUAAAAUACUUAGAAUGCAGGGUAAAGACUAUAAAGGCCUGAAAAAAAAUGAAAAGGGUAAAUUCUCAUUUACAGAAAGUAGAUCUGCAAGAGAGUUAGGAAAAAUAUGUGAUUCUACUUUUUUUAUAAUUUAA